UACGUUCCGGUCCUCAGGUCUCUGCAGCACUUCGAGUGUAGUCCGGACCGUGCACACAGGUGGUCCAGCUCGUCUGUGAGUUGAUUAUGGUCAUAAUUCCCGCGGUGCCAAAGUGGAGCCACCGCGCGUAUCUCGGAUCGGUGCGCUUCUCCAGGGGCUGGGAUGCGCACCGGGCACCUCCCGCUUCCUGCCGAGUUUCGGGUCUGAGCAGGAGACCAGCGCCGGCCCCGGGAGGCGCCCCAGGAGGACCCAGUCGACCCGCAGCAGGAUGCCGGUGAUGAGAGGGCUGCUGGCCCCACAGAAUACCUUCCUGGACACCAUCGCCACGCGCUUUGAUGGCACCCACAGCAACUUUGUCCUUGGAAACGCCCAGGUCCAGUCACUCUACCCCAUUGUCUACUGCUCGGACGGCUUCUGUGAACUCACCGGUUUUGCUCGCGCUGAACUCAUGCAGAAGAGCUGCGCAUGUCACUUCCUUUAUGGCCUCGAAACCAGUGACCGGCUGACGGCACAGAUCCAAGGAGCUCUGGAUGACAGGAGGGAGUUCAAGACCGAGCUGGUCUUCUACAAGAAGGAGGGUACACAGUUCUGGUGUCUCCUGGACAUUGUGCCCAUCAAGAAUGAAAAGGGUGAAGUGGUUCUAUUCCUGGUGUCCCACAAAGACAUCACUGACAAGAAGAAGGACCAAGAUCCUGAGCAAGGACCUGACACAGAUGAGGAAACUGGUUUGGAGAUGCAUCAGGUAACUCGUCCUCCAGGCUUCAACGCUAAUCGGCGCCGCAGCCGAGCUGUGCUCUACCACCUGUCGGGACAUCUGCAGAAACAGGACAAAACCAAGCUCAAGAUCAACAACAAUAUGUUUGGAGAGAAACCUCCAAUCCCAGAGUACAAGGUAGCCGCCAUUCAGAAAUCUCGCUUCAUCCUGCUCCACUACGGAACCUUCAAGGCAGGCUGGGAUUGGUUGAUUCUGCUGGCCACUUUCUACGUGGCCAUCACUGUCCCCUACAAUGUGUGCUUCACGGCGGUGGGAGUGCGGGAUGAAGGCAGUAACAGCGCCCCCCGGAGCCCGCCCAGUGUCAGUGACAUCCUUGUGGAGAUCCUGUUUAUACUCGACAUCAUACUGAACUUUCGAACCACUUUUGUGAGCACGUCUGGCCAGGUUGUGUACGAUGCCCGCUCCAUCUGCGUUCACUACGUCACCACCUGGCUCUUUGUCGAUCUCAUUGCUGCUCUGCCCUUUGACCUGCUUUAUGCUUUCAACGUCAGUGUGUACUUUGGGGUCCACCUACUGAAGACAGUUCGGUUGCUUCGGUUACUGCGGCUGCUGCAGAAGCUGGAGCGCUACUCCCAGUACAGCGCUGUGGUCCUGACUCUGCUCAUGUCCAUGUUCGCCCUACUGGCGCACUGGAUGGCCUGUGUGUGGUACUUCAUCGGCCGCAGGGAGAUCGAAAGUCCUGGCUCCUGGGAUAUUGGGUGGCUGCAUGAACUGGCCAAACGUCUGGGGAGUCCUUACUUCCUGUCCACCCUGACAACAGUGGUCCCAUCCACAGUCAGCAGCCUUCCAGCCAAUAGCAGCCAAUGGAAUGGGUCAGGAUCAGAGGUCAGGGAGCAAGCCAGCUGGAACUCCACCAAUUAUGACGGAAAUGUAUCUGGAACUGAGGCUGUGCCGGGGACAGAAGCAGCGGGUGCUGGUUUUGGGGUGCUGGUUGGGGGCCCCUCAGUGCGCAGCAGCUAUGUGACAUCACUCUACUUCGCUCUGAGUAGUCUGACCAGCGUGGGAUUUGGAAAUGUCUCCGCGAACACGGACUCAGAGAAGAUCUUCUCCAUCUGCACUAUGCUCAUUGGAGCACUGAUGCAUGCGGUGGUGUUUGGUAACGUGACCGCCAUCAUCCAGAGGAUGUACUCACGCCGAUCGCUGUACCACACCCGCACCAAAGACCUGAAGGACUUCAUCAGGGUUCACCGGCUGCCCAAAGCCUUGGAACAGCGGAUGCUGGAGUGUUUCCAGACAACCUGGUCUGUCAAUAAUGGAAUUGAUGUCAGUGAGCUGUUGAAGGACUUUCCAGACGAGCUGAGGGCCGACAUCGCCAUGCACCUGAACAAGGAGCUGCUUCAGCUGCCUCUCUUUGAGUCAGCCAGCAGGGGCUGCCUGCGCUCCCUCUCGCUUAUCAUCAAAACCUCCUUCUGUGCCCCGGGGGAGUUUCUCAUCCGGCAGGGGGACGCCCUGCAGGCCAUCUACUUCGUCUGCUCAGGGUCCAUGGAGGUCCUGAAGGACAACACUGUACUAGCCAUACUGGGUAAAGGAGAUCUGAUUGGAUCAGACUCCCUAACAAAAGAGCAGGUGAUCAAGACCAACGCCAACGUCAAGGCACUGACCUACUGUGACCUGCAGUACAUCAGCCUCAAGGGCCUCCGCGAGGUCCUGCGCCUCUACCCCGAGUACGCCCAGAAGUUCAUCAGUGAAAUACAGCACGACCUGACGUACAAUCUGCGAGAGGGCCACGGGGCCGACGUGGACUGGGAGAGUAAUGGCAGCCUGGUGAAGAAGCUGGCAUCCAUCCGGGAGGACGAGGAGGGGGAUGAGGAGCAGAACCCGCUGUCACUUGCUCCUCGGUCCCCGCUGCAUCUCAGCAGGGGGCUGAACUCCCCGCUGCGUUCCCCCCUCCUGCCCCCUCGGCCAUUCCGUGCACCCUCUGAACAGCCCCGUCCCACCACGCUGCAGAUCCCGGUGGUCAGCUUCAGCAGUGCAGCGCCUGAGCUCAGUCCCAGAUUUGUGGACGGCAUUGAAACAGAGAGUAAUUCCACCUCAUCGCAGAGGUUUGAGUUCAGCCCUGGCCUGUCACCCACUGCUCCACCCUCACCGUACGCAGGGAUCAGGGAGGAGUCUGACAUCAAGCAAAGUGUGUCCAGACUGACAGAGGAGAUGAACAGUCUCUCUAAACAAGUCGCCCAGCUCAGUCAAGAACUGCUGGAAAUGACCCGCCUGCUUAAGCCCCUCCUACAAACAGCCAUGCAGCCAACAGCUGCGACUGAGAUGCCACCUUCAGCUGCAGCUUCCAGCAGCCAGACGACAAAAAGCACGCAUCUGCUGGCACCGUCUCCUGCCCCACUGUGCCCCAUUCACAGACCUGACACUCACUCCCUAUUGGACAGUGGAGACAUAGGGGGUGUGGACUUGCCUGGAUGUCUUCUCCCAAUUCUUCAUUCGCCAAAAAGGCCAACGUCCUCACCUCCAGGAUCGCCACACCCUCUGUCCAAAUCCCUUGAGGGAAGCAACCACUGCAACGUUCCCUCACCUACAGGUGGACUUCCUGAAGAAGCCCCGAUCCUUCUAAACACCCAUGCUUCUGCCAGUAAUGGAAUAUUGUUGCCCUCUCACCAGGACCACCCUAACCCCUCUCACAACACCUCACCUUACCUCUCCUUCCCCAUGUCUCUGUCCUCCUCGCCAUCAUGCUCCUCUUGCCAAGGUCCCCACCCAUCCCAGCCCGGCAGCUGUGCCAGCAGGGGCCUGUUCCCACGAGUUGCCUCUAAAGACGCCCCUUGUUCUCCGUCCUCACACUGCUCUGCUCCCCCGUCACUCACGUCCUCACCUGGAAACAACCAGCUGAGGUCUUCAGGCACCUCUUCUUCCAGCUCUCGGCUUCAACCCCUCAUCUCUAGUCACCCAUCCGUCCUCUCUCUGCCCUCAACUCUGGACUCUGCCAGUGUCAGGAGGACACAGGGUCGAACCCAGACUCUGCAGUGGUCCAACUCUCCUUUCCAUCUGGAAAAAGCCAAACCUAUCACUCAGCCACAGGAGCUGGAAAUGCAUGAGUGGUGAAGAGAAGCACAGUCAACGAAGUCCUCCAUGGAACCAAUCAGUUUCAUUGCUGAAGAUGGACCAAAGCAAUGAAUGAAUGAAUGAUGCAAAGUACAGACACUGAUGGAUGGAUGAAAGAAUGGAAAAGCAGUUGCAACUGGUCCAUGUCAGACAGGAAGUGGUUUACCAUCAGCAAGUCAUCAGAUUUAGACCUGGAGGGCUGAGAAACAGCGCCAUCUGUCACUCUCCAGUAUGAAUGUGUCCAUAGUACAGCAGCACACUCAGCACUCCUCUGGCAUCAGUCCACGACCAGUGGGAGGUCCUCAGAGGACCACAACACACCCACCUGAAAGGGCAGGUUUUAUAGAUCUCAACAGCACACGCCUUUACCCAAACCAGAUCCUCCAAACCAGCACACCAGGACUGAGAAUGUAAACUCUUUAUUCAGUCUCAGGAGCAUCGCUGCACCUGGAGGGCCAGUUUACGUCUCCUCACUUUUAGAGCCAGUCUGUCGGAUGCACACUCACCACAUAAGCACAGACGGGUGACAAAUUAAAGGUAAACCUUAAGCUAACGUACAGAGAAACAACGAGUGCUCACACUAACAUACAGCUACAGCAUGCUACGCCAGUAACAUCCCGUUGUCAUAGUAUUUUGCUGGCAUUCUGUGGGUUGGCCCCUUCACGCUGGGGCCUGUCAGAGCUCCCGCUGAAGGUGUUUCAGGGUCUCUAUGUCUUGUUCAGAAGUGAGGGCAAAACAGAACUGAUGGCUGACGGCCGGGUUGAGGUUUGCAGGCGUUGAAGCUCUCAUACUAUAAUUCAGUCUUCAGCUGAUUAUCCUGAAUGUUGGAAAGCAACCAAAAGAAUGAGAUCACCAGGGUCCAGUUUGUUUUUUUAUGGUGGUACUAAAAAGUCUUGGGCUGAGCCAUAGUCCCUAGACUCACUAGGCCAGUGCUUACAACUGAGCAUCAGAACUAAAAACAACCGUGCUGUGAGCCCUU